AGUUAUAAACGGGUGUUUGAAAAUCCUGGUGGCGAAUUAAAUGGCCGCUGAAAAAGACGUUAUCGACGUUCGUGUCCGCGAGUAUUCAGUGAUUUUGAAUCAGUACGAUUGAGAAAUUGGUUGAUUUGAAUCUUCGAUUCGGGGGUUCGAAGUAGAGCAAAGAGAGAAAAAUAUCACCCGGUGUUCUUGAGAGAGCUCGGGCUCCGUUGAGUUCUCGAGUUACCCGUUUCCCUCAUCAUGGAGGAAGAAACGGAGUAUACAAAAUUACCACUUGAGGAUCGCUGCGUCCACAAGUCCUGGAAAGCCCGGUUGCACGGCUAUGAGGAAUGUUCCAAGAAAUUUCAAUGUAUUGACGAUGAAAAAUCACCGGAAUGGAACAAGUUCCUGGGACUUGUGAAAAAAUUUGUGGUCGACAGCAAUGCAGCUGCUCAGGAGAAAGGAUUGGAAGCAGCUCUGGCAUUCAUCGAAAACGCAGCAUGUGCCGGAAAGACAGUUGGUGAAGUAAUGAGUGGAAUAGUAAGCAAAUGUAUCGCAGCCCCGAAGAUGAAAACGAAGGAAUUAGCAGUUCAAAUUACCCUUAUGUUCGUUGAGAUAGAAAAACACGAAGCUGUGCAGGAGGAAUUGAUGAAAGGAACAGAGGCCAAAAACCCUAAAAUUGUAUCUGCUUGUAUAGCUACUCUGACUCUUGCCCUCAAAGAAUUUGGGCCCAAAGUUAUGAACGUUAAACCUCUGAUGAAAAAAAUACCCGGCUUCUUAGAGGACCGUGACAAAGGUGUACGCGACGAGGGAAAAGUUAUGGUCGUUGAGAUUUACAGAUGGAUUGGUGUACCAUUGAAACAGCAACUGAACAGUUUGAAGCCGGUGACCAUGAGCGAAUUAGAGAUAGAAUUUGGAAAAUUGACCGACAGCAAAGCAGUUCCAUCGCGUUAUUUGAGAUCGCAAAAGCCAAAGGUGAUGUCGAUCGAUCCAGGAAGUGGGGUGGGCGGUGGUGACGGCGCGAGUAACGAGGAUGACGAUGACCAAGAGUCCGCAGCGGUUGAUAUAGAUCCGUACGAGUUAAUCGAUCCGGUGGACAUUCUGUCGAAAUUACCGAAAGAUUUUUACGACAAGGUUGAGGCGAAAAAAUGGCAAGAACGUAAGGAAGCUCUCGAGGCGCUUGAGACACUAACGAAAAAUCCAAAACUCGAGAGCGGUGAGUACGGGGAUGUGGUGAGAGUUUUGAAGAAAAUAAUAAGCAAAGAUUCGAACGUGGUCGUGGUCACUCUGGCGGUUAAAUGUCUCACGGGUCUGGCGACGGGUUUGAAAAAGCGGUUCCAGACUUACGCAGGAGCUUGUCUGCCAGCGGUUCUCGAGAAAUUCCGUGAGAAGAAGCCAAACGUCGUGGCGACACUCCGGGAAGCUGCGGAUGCCAUAUUUUUGACUAUUAACAUCGAAUCGAUGAUGGAGGACGCACUUGCGGCUUUGGACAAUAAGAACCCGGCCGUUAAAGCCGAAACCGCAGCAUUUCUGUCUCGUAGUUUCGCUCGAACUCCUCCGGCGAGUUUGAACAAAAAAUUGCUGAAAGCGUACAGCGCGGCUCUUCUGAAGACUCUGAACGAGCCGGAUCCUACAGUACGAGACAACUCGGCGGAGGCACUGGGCACGGCGAUGAAAUUGGUCGGAGAAAAAGCGAUGCUGCCUUUCGUGACGGACAUCGAUCCCUUAAAAAUGGCCAAAAUCAAAGAGUGCUCGGAAAAGGCGGUGAUUCAUGUGAAAAUUUCGGGUCCACCGAGAAAAACUGAGCGUCCGAGUACAGCUCCAGCGAAAAUGGCGAACGAGGGGAAAGCCAAGGAAUCGAGUGAGACGACUUCGAAAACAACAGCCAAAAGGCCAAACACGACGGCAACGAAACGAUCGGCAACGAUGAAAAAAUCGACGACUUCGUCAACGACGAAUCUCGCUGGUUCGGCGGCCUCGAAAAAAUCGUCGAGUAAAACUCAACCUGAAAAAAAUCUCAGUAGUGAGGAAGUUGACGAAUUGGCAUCGCAGAUGUUGUCUCCCGAAAUAAUAUCCGGCCUGACCGACAGCAAUUGGAAAACGCGUUUGAGCGCUUCGGAACAAUUGUCCGAAGCGAUAAGUCAAAUGGAAAGUUCAGAAGUCAAUUGUCAAGUGAUCGUUCGUACUCUUGGGAAAAAACCUGGCUUCAAAGACACCAAUUUUCAAGUCGCCAAACUGCGUCUCGAGAUCGUCAAGAUGCUCGCUGAGAAUUAUACGUUUUCCCCGACGACUUCGGAAUAUUGUAUAAUGGAUGUGACGGAGAAAUUGGGCGAUGCUAAGAACAGCUCGAUCGCGAGUGAAACCCUGACAGCAAUCGCCGAAGCAACCAGCUUCGAAAUGGUCGCCAACGAAGCUGCAGCGUUCGCAUUUAACCAGAAAAAUCCCAAAGUACAACAGGAAACUUUGCGUUGGUUAGGAAACGCUCUCCUGGAGUUCGGGUGCACCCUGAACGUCAAAGGUCUGAUGGAAAGCGUGAAGAAGGCGAUAUCCGCAACGAAUCCAGCGGUGCGAACCCAGGCGAUUGCGUUGCUUGGAACCUUGUACAUUUUCGUAGGUAGAUCUUUGUUGAUGUUUUUCGAGAACGAAAAACCAGCUCUGAGGCAACAGAUCGAACAAGAGUGCGAUAAACGCAGCGGGGAAACACCGCCAGCGCCGAUUCGUGGACCAAAAACGAAGUCGACUCGCCCGGCGAGAGGGAAUGUGGAUUACGAGGCGGAGGAGCGAGACGAGAUGUGCGACAGCCAACCGGAAAUGAAUGAUCUUCUGCCUCGAGUCGACAUUAGCAGCCAGGUAACGGAGAGUCUAUUGGCGGAGUUGGCGGAUAAAAAUUGGAAGGUUCGUAACGAAGCAUUGCAGAAAAUCAGUGCGAUAUUGAGCGAAGCUCGACUGUUGAAAGGUUCGAUUGGCGAACUGCCGCGUGGACUCGCUCCUCGCUUAGUCGACAGUAACACGAGAAUAGCUCAAACGACUUUGGGGAUUUGUGAGACUCUCGCAACCGCAAUGGGACCACCAGCAAAACAGCACAUUCGUACUCUCUUCCCAGGUUUCGUUCAGUGCCUCGGCGACUCCAAAACGUGGAUUCGAAGCGCAGCGAUAACCUGUAUAAACACGUGGGGCGAAGAGUGCGGCUACAAGGAAUUUUUCGACGGCGAGAUGAUCGCCACUGCCCUUAAAUCUGGCUCCCCGACUCUCCGCACCGAACUCUGGGCUUGGUUGGCUUGCAAAUUACCGCCGAUCCCGGUCAAACAAAUAUGCAAAGAAGAAUUACUCGCUUGCGUACCAUAUUUGUACAGCAAUCUCGAGGACCGGAAUUCCGACGUGAGGAAAAAUGCUCAGGAAGCUGUACUCGGGUUUAUGAUACAUUUAUCGUACGAGGGAAUGGCAAGGCAAACCGAAAAGCUUAAGCCAGGCUCGAAGAGCGUGGUGCUCGGAGCUCUGGACAAAGCUCGCCCGAAUUUGCCGGUGAAACCGCUGCCUUCCAAGAAAAUCGCGCCGCCCGAAGAAUCUGCUCACAGAGUUGUGAAAGGCGGAGGGAAAACUGCGAAGACCGCCACGAAAGGGAAAGCGGGAAGUGCCAACGCGAAACCGGGAAGCGCGCGCAAGAAGGCAGACGACGAGGGCGCAGGGAACGCCGGAUCGAACGACAACGGCGGCCCUCUUCUCGUCGUCAAUAAUCUCAAACAUCAAAGACUCAUUGACGAACAAAAGUUGAAAGUCAUCAAGUGGAACUUCACGACCCCGAGGGAAGAGUUCGUCGACUUGCUCAAAGAGCUCAUGGGCUCAGCGGGUGUCAAUAAAACUCUGAUCGCCAACAUGUUUCACGUCGAUUUUCGUUAUCACCUCAAAGCUAUCGAGUCUUUGACCGAGGAUCUGCAAGACAAUAGCAAAGCUCUAGUUUCCAAUUUGGAUCUCAUUCUCAAGUGGUUGACUUUACGUUUCUUCGAUACAAAUCCUUCGGUUGUUCACAAAGGACUCGAGUAUCUUCAGACCGUUUUCACUCGGCUUAUCGAGGACGAAUAUCACAUGCUCGAGAACGAGGCAGCCUCCUUCAUUCCUUACCUCGUUACUAAAAUCGGAGAUCCUAAAGAUACUGUGCGCAUGGGAGUUCGAGCUUUGUUCAGGCAAAUUGCUCUCGUCUAUCCAGUCAGCAAAUUAUUCUCGUACGUAAUGGAAGGACUCAAAUCCAAAAACGCUCGACAGAGGACCGAGUGCCUCGAUCAACUUGGAUCUCUCAUCGAAAAUUAUGGCAUUUCUGUCUGCCAACCCUCACCUACCGCUGCGCUUCGAGAAGUCGCUAAACAAAUUGCUGAUCGUGAUAACUCUGUUAGAAACGCUGCUCUCAAUUGCAUCGUUCAAGCUUAUUUCCUCGAGGGUGAACGGAUCAUCAAGCUGGUGGGUCAGAUUUCGGAAAAGGACUUGUCACUUUUGGAAGAACGUAUUAAGAGAGCGGCUAAAAAUCGACCUGUCAAAUCUGCGUCGUCGGCAAGAAUCUCAGUUCCCGUAGCCGCGGUCAGUGCUACAGUUGCGGCUGACGACGGAGAUGCUGAUUACGACGAGGAGAACGAGGACGAUGAGCCUGUCGAGGAACCGGAAGAUCUCGUUCCGGAAGACAGGGACAAUAAUCUUAAGAAAGACUCGGCAACGAAGGAAGAUAAGAAGGUUGACGAACCGAUCACAAUCCUGGUGACAGAGGCAAAAAAAGAAGAAGAUACGCCGAUCCAAGUCGACGAUAACGGCAAUCACGAUAUUAAGAAAACACAUCCAUCGCCAACAACGAGAGCCAAGACUUCCGGGCCUUUUGGGCUGGAUAUGGACUUUUUGAAGAAACUCGAAGAAAGUGCACCUGUAAGAUGGAAAGUCCCGAAUCUUGUUGACCCCGCUUGGGAUCCUAAUGAGAGUAUUAGUGCUCUGAAAUCACCAACUUCGGUUGUUCCGUCGCUCACACCACCGAAAUUGGUCGUGUCCAGAACCGGAUUAUUAUCACCAGUAACGACGCCUCCGACGAAAGAAGACCGCCUGGAAAGAACAAUUUUGUCCAUGGCUAGCCUCGAUCUCCCAAUAGCUAUUCAAUCUAUGAAUGCUAUUGAAACCCUGUUACAAAGCGACCAAGUUACGAUGAUGCAAAGCAAAGAGGACAAAUUCAUAAGUUCGGUUACGAUGCAGCUCAAGCUUUUGCAGACUUAUCCUCUAAGACUGGACAGUGACGAAGUUAUAAAAGGAUUCCGAACGACCUUCGUCACCACAUUGGCUUUUUAUAACACGGGGAUUCUUGGAAAAAAUGUACCGCCACUGAUUCUUCAAGAACUUGUACAUCAGAUGAUAACUCUUUUGGCUGAGAACAAAUUGAAACCUCUGGAUCACCCGGACGCAUACACGCGCGUUAUAAAUAACAUAGUCGUCAAAGUGAUCGAUCACUCGAAUCACUCCACAGUAAUUUGCGUAAUGAUCAAAAUACUGCAUGGCUGUGCCGUGUCCAACGGACCUCCCAAAUACGAGGAACUUGUCAUGAAGUGUUUGUGGAAAAUUGUCAAAGCCAUUUCUGGGUGGGCCGGAGAUUUGGAUUACGAUUCUAUUCUCCUCGAAGUUCAUCACUUCUUAAAGGAUUAUCCAACCGCUUGGUGGAAGAAACGAAGCUCCGAUAUGCCGCUGCGAACGAUAAAAACUCUGUUGCACAGUAUGACAAAAGUGAAAGGAAGCACGAUUCUCAGUCACAUGACGAAAAUCAAUAAUACCGAAGAAUCGGAGUUGCAGUCUUAUCUGGAUCGGCUAAUCGCGAACAAAUGUGUGCAGACGUUUAGACCGGAUGAGAUAAGCUCAGGAACAAGAACGAUAACGAAAUCUUCCAGUCAAGGAAGAGCGCCAAAACGAUUAUCGAAGUUCACCCACGAACAGUUGUCCGAAAUUUUCAAAAAGAUCGGAUCCAAGCAUCAAGUGCAGGAGGGUUUGGCUCAACUUUACGAUUUUAAGCUCCAGCAUCCAGAAGCGGAUGUGCAACCUUUUCUAGUAAAGUCGCACCAAUUCUUCCAAGAUUUUAUAGAGCAAGGUCUGAAAGACAUCGACCAGGCGCGGAAGAGUCAAAACAUAAAUGCUCAGUGCAACAAUCAAUACACAACGGAUAACAUCCCGUCAGAGACCCCAAGUAUUACAGCCGAAAAAGGUGCUAUGGAUCCUAUUCAGAGGCUAGAAAAAUUGAGAGCUCUCGAGGCUCAAUAUCGAGCAAUUUCACCGAACCAAUCGAAUCGUGCAUGAAAUCGCACCACGCAACAUGCCCCAGCGCUGUGGACAUUUGGCGAGAAAAAUCAUGACAGCAAAAGGCCCCAACUAUGUACCUAAAUAAUUGUCUCCCUCCUCCCCUCGUUAACGUCCAACUGUGAGAUUAUAUCAGUACGAAUUACAACAAUCUAUUUCAGCAUCUAGUAGUUGCGGAUAGUUUACAGUAAUAAUUCAUGUGUUAUGUUAUAUUAAUCGUAUUUAUGGCUCUCGGUAUGCGAUUCAACGAUAUUAAGAAACGUAAUGCUGAUAAUAAUAAUACUAUCGCAUCCGAGUAAUAGUUGUUAGAUUUGUUUUAUUUUUUAAUUAAUUUAGUAGUAUCUUUUUGUAUUGCGUUAUUUUUUUAAAUAUAAAAUAAAUAGCCAUUAAAAACAGGACAUGAAACAAAUUGAUCGUAGAACGAUAUUGUCAAAUUUAAAUAUGAAUAUUCACUCUUAUAAUUUAUGUUAUAAAAGCAGGUUGUAACGAAACUUACCUUUUUGAGCUCAUAUCCACACAUAAUAUACGUGGACUUGUAAUAAAAGAGAAAUACGAAAAAAAAAAUCAAAAUGUAGUGGCGUUUAAAUACGUCGUAUAUUCUUUAUUGAUCUUGAAAGCAUUUGCGCUAACGUGACACGAGUCGAUCUAAUUUAGUGUCGCAACGAUAAUAAUAACAGUAACGUGUGACAUUUUUAUCAGUGUCUCAGCGAUUUCUGUUCACCAUUUGUUUCGAACAUAUUUUUGUGUUGAAAUAUAUUUCUGCUCAAACGAAA